AUUUCUAUAUACUUUUUUUAUAAUCCAAAAUGCUCAGCGACUCCGAAUCUACUCUCAAAAUCAACGUCAUCUCUGCCUCUGACCUUAUUAAUGUCCAAACAAUGGGUAAGCAAGAUCCUUUCUUGCAACUCUCUUUGAACUUCCAAGAGAAGGAUAAGUUCGUUAAGACCUUUACUCACAAGGAUGGUGGAUCUCAAGCUUCUUGGAACCAAUCCUUUGAACUCCCUUUGAAUGGCGAGCCCGAUCUCUUUAUUGAAGUUCUUGAUAAAGAAGCCUCCGUUGAUGAAGUCAUUGGUUUUGCUGCUAUCCCUAUUAAACAAGUUGUUUAUGCUGAUGGUGCUUACUUGAACGGUCUUUUCAACAUCUACGACACUGACGGAAACCGCGCCGGUCUUGUCCACUUGCAAUUAGCUGCUAAGGGUUUCCCUAACUCUGAAACUCCUAACUUUGACACUGAGCCUGUUCAAGGUGAAAGUAAUGUAAACGAUGAGCAUUGUGCUCGUAUGAAGUCCAAUGAGAAGAAGGCUGUUGGUGUAAGUGUUGCUGGUGGUCUCUUCGGUGCUGGUUUUGCCAUCGGUGCUACUUUACUCGGAAAGAAGCUCUACGAAGCUCAACUUGAAGAAGAAGAGGCUGAACGUCGCGCUCGUGAAGGAGAAGAGCCUGUCGAAGAAUAACUCCCCAAAUUUAAAGUUGGUUUGUAUAAAUAAUUUAGGUCCAUCAGUAAAGCCACGGCCUUUUCUCUGUUAAUAAAAUAUCUCAGACUUUUACCUGUAUUCA